AUGCCAGAGCACACUGCUGCCUCCAAGCUCCAGCUCUCUGGGCUGUGCUUCCUCCUUCAAAUCCUCACCAUCAUCCUCUUCGCUGUCUUUGUCCGGUACAGUCCAGAGAACAGCCCCAGCUUCUGCUCCCAGCAGCUGAACUGCAGCUGGAGAAAUCAGGACUCAGGUUCUCAGCACCCCUGUUUCAGGGGUGUCCACCUCCAAGCUCUCCUUGGCUUCGGGCUCCUGAUAGCCUUCCUCGGCCGCUACGGGCCGGGCAGUGUGGCCAUCAGCAUCCUCAUCGUGACCUUUGCCAUCCAGUGGGCCAUACUGAUCCAGGGGUUUUUAUACUUUUUCCUGAAUGGUAAAAUUUACAUGGGAGCUCAGAGCAUGGUCAGCGCCAACUUCUGUACCGCAGCCGUUCUGAUCUCCACCGGAGCUGUUCUGGGCAGGGUAAACCCUGCCCAGAUGCUGCUGCUGACCCUGCUGGGCGUCACCCUCUUCACUCUCAAUGAAUACAUCCUGCUCAGUCUCAUGGGGGUAAACGACAGCGGCGGCUCCUUGACCGUCCACACCUUCGGUGCUUAUUUCGGCUUGAUGGUUUCACGGAUCUUGCACCAGCCCCAUAUGGACACGAGGAAAGAGCAGGAGGACACAGGGCACCAGCCAGAUGUCUUUGCUGCGGUUGGAACCAUCUACCUGUGGAUCUUCUGGCCCAGCUUCACCUCAGCCACCACGGUCCACGACAAUGCCGAGCCCUGGGCAAUGCUCAACACCUACUUCUCGCUGGCAGCGAGCACCCUGGCCACCUUCGUCCUCUUGCCUGUCCUCUACAAGGAGAGCAACCUGCGGAUGGUUCAGAUCCAGGAUGCCACCUUGGCUGGUGCAGCCAUGAUAGGUAUGGCUGGGGAGAUGCUGGUCACUCCCUUCGGGGCUCUCAUCGCAGGGUUUCUGGCCGGGCUGAUUCCCCCGCUUGGCUUCAGCUUCCUCACGCCCAUCCUGCGCUCCAGGCUGAAAAUGCAGGACACGUGCGGGGUUCACAAUGUCCACGGACUGCCAGGGAUGCUGGGCACCUUGCUGGGGACACUGCUGACAGCGCUGGCCACUGCAGACACUUACGGUGGCAGACUGGAGCUCCUGUUCCCGCUGGUGGCCCAGGGCAGCCGGACAGCUACCGACCAGGCGCUUUACCAGCUCUGCGCCCUGCCCAUCACCCUGCUCCUUGCCACGCUCGGGGGCUGCCUCACGGGAGCCAUCCUGAAGACGAAAGGGCUGAAAUCUCCCCCGGACACACGGAACCUGGAAAACACGGUCCUCUGGGAGGUGGCUGAGGAAGGAUGCAACUGCAGAGCAAGCAGAAAGGAGCCAGGGACCAGCACCUUGGUCUAA